AUGAGUAGCGUAAAGCCUGCAGAUGAAAAUGCCUCUUUCAAGAAGUUGGAAAAGGAAUUGAUUGCACUGUUUCAUGGAGACUUUCUCGCUUUACUUAGUGCGUUACGGGAACAUGACCAUUUCAAACAGGGCACCCUGUCUCCGGCAAAUUUCAAAACAGUGCUUCAAACGCAAUUCGGGUUUGGCUAUUCGGAAACUGGUUUCCGUUCAGUUCUGGAUCGUCUCCCUCUGGACCCGGAAGGUAAUAUCCAGUACGCGGAGUUUAUGCGUCAGUUUGACUCCACUUUGCGCAUUGAACCGGAGAUUACACGGGGUGAGCUGAGAGCACUAUGGCCCACCUUGUUCACCGGAGUCAAACAAAUGCUCACAUUGCACGAGAUUUUUCGUCACUUUCUCUAUAAAAAAUCGGAAGCAGCCUAUCCGAAUGCGAAAUUGGUCCCGCCUCGAUUGGGCGAUUCAGAUUUACGUCCGUGCUCGAAUCGGUUAAACGGAGUCACUUGUCUUCUGAAAGAUUCACUUCGUUCAAAAAUUGAACUCUAUUACCUUCGUCUCUUGGACGAAUUGACGACCAUGGAUAACGAGCGUACCGGAUUUGUGCCCGCCGUUCAGUUUGAAUCGAUCCUGUCCGAAUUGUGUCCCUCACUCACAAAAGAUGAGAUACAGGAAUUGAUCGAUAAAUACGAUCUCCGAAAGGACAACCAUGUCUGUUAUUUGGCCAUGCUCAAACCGUUUGCACGAAAAUGGGAACAAGCGGAAGCACAUGCAACUUGGUUACGGGCACGAGAGAAGCGUACAGCCCCAGACUAUCACGUGCAAGGCACUCUGAAUUUGGCCGAUUGGGUUCCCAAAUUAGGACUCAAAAAACGGGUAAUUUCACGAUUUGCUCUUGCAUGCUCGGUGUUAUUCCGAAUGAUAUUAACGCCACUGAUUUGA